AGGAAGAUAUAUGGUGGAAACUUUUAUCUGCUUAAGAGGAAUUCAGGAAACUAAGCAAAACCUUUCCUCAAGUUAUUUCCAUUACUAGGAAUAAAAUCUACUGCAGGAGGAAAAGGAUGAAAAGAUGGCUGACUUUUCACUACUGUGUUCUAACCACUUCCGCCAGUUCACACGUGAAUCUUUGGCCGCUAUUGAGAAGCAAAUUGCUGCCAGCAAGAAAUACGAAGACCACCAACCAAAAGAGAAACCUCGCCCCCAACUUGACCUGCAGGUUUUCCAGAAGCUGCCUACUCUCUAUGGCAAUCCUCCUCAGGAGCUUGUUGGGAAACCACUGGAGGAUCUUGACCCUUAUUACAAUGAUCACAAGACUUUUAUGGUACUGAACAAAAGGAAAACAAUCUUCCGAUUUACUGCCACACGUGCCUUGUGUAUACUUAGCCCUUUUCAUCCGAUCAGAAGAGCAGUGAUUAAAAUUUUGGUACAUUCAUUGUUCACUAUUUUUAUUAUGUGCACUAUUUUAAUCAAUUGUGUCUUCAUGGCUAUAUUUGAGACUCCUAGGAAGUCUAAGUCAUCCGCUCCUCCUCCAUGGAACAAGUAUGUCGAGUACACUUUCACGGCCAUUUACACUUUUGAAGUAUUGUUAAAAAUAUUGGCAAGAGGAUUGUGUCUGAAUGAAUUCACUUUCCUUCGAGAUCCGUGGAAUUGGUUGGAUUUCAGUGUCAUUGUUAUGGCAUAUGCAGGGGAGUUUAGUGAUCUAGGCAAUGUUUCGGUCCUUCGUACAUUCAGGGUUCUGAGAGCUUUAAAAACUAUUUCAAUACUGCCAGGACUGAAGGUCAUUGUAGGUACACUUAUCCAGUCUAUUAAGAAACUUGCUGAUGUGAUGAUCCUGACUGUUUUCUGCUUGAGUGUCUUUGCCCUCAUAGGCCUCCAGCUCUUUAAAGGCAAUUUGAGACAUAAGUGUGUCAGGACUUUUAACUCCACCAAUGGAACUAUUUAUUUGGAUGACAAAAAAUGGGGCUCCUUUGAUGAGUUUAUUAAUGAUUCAGAAAAUUUUUUCAAGAAGAAUGGCACCAUGGAUACCUUAUUGUGUGGCAACAGCUCAGAUGCUGGCUCCUGUCCAGAUAAAUAUGUAUGUCUCAAAGUUGGGAAAAAUCCUGAUUAUGGCUACACAAGUUUUGAUACAUUUGGCUGGGCCUUUCUUUCCUUGUUCCGCCUGAUGACACAAGAUUACUGGGAGCGUCUCUAUCAACAGACUCUCAGAGCUUCUGGAAAGAUCUACAUGCUCUUUUUUAUGCUGGUCAUCUUUGUGGGUUCAUUUUAUCUGAUCAACUUGAUCCUGGCUGUAGUGACUAUGGCAUACGAAGAGCAGAACAAAGCUACUAUUGCUGAAACUGAGGCAAAGGAAAGGAAGUUUCGGGAAGCCAUGGAACUGUUGAAAAAAGAGCAAGAGACAUUGGCUGCUAAAGGAUAUGAUACGAAGUCACUUUGCUCCUUUGAAAUGUCACCUUUACCCACCGAAGAAAUCAAAGAUAGAAGCAAUAGGAGGAAUAAAAAUAUGUCCUUAGGGAUAGAAGAUUAUGAGGAAGAUCGAAAAGUUCCCAAAUCACAGUCCAGUAGCUGUCAACAAAACUUGGUUCUCCUUGUACUUACUUGUGGUCCCAGUGAAAACCAAAUGAAAUGCAGGCUCAGCCAUGGAAGCAUAUUCAAUUUCCAGUUACCUAGCAGAGACAUUGGCUCCAAAACUGAUUUUGGUGAUGAUGAGAUCUUCAGUGCUUUGGAAAAUGAAAUCCAAUGCAGUGUGCAAAGUCAAAUGAGCCAUAUUUAUGACUCUGCUACUCCAAAUUCAAUGCAGAAUAGGAGGUGGAACAAUAUAGAUGGUUUCAGUGGCGUGAUUUCAUUGAUGGGAGAAGAAAGUACCAGGGCAUGCAGUCUAGAAUCAACUUCUCCUUAAGGAUUAUUGCUUCCCCCAGUUAUGAAAAACCUUAGAAUAGAUGAUUUGACUCCUGUAUGUGAUGAAGUGAGCAAGAAGCAUUUGCUCCAUCAUCUGUCAGUGGACUAUUUUAAUGAGCCACUACAAAGACAAAAGGCAACUGAGGCAGUCAGUACCAUUACCUGUGUCCUGGAGGAACUUGAAGAAUCGCAACAGAAAUGCCCUUCCUGCUUGAAGGACUUUGCCCUAAAAUAUCUUAUUUGGGACUGUUGUCCACUGUGGUUGAGAAUCAAGAAAAAGGUGACAAUUUUAGUAAUGGAUCCAUUUACUGACCUCACCAUCACUCUUUGCAUCGUUUUGAAUACUAUCUUCAUGGCACUAGAGCACUAUAAAAUGAGAAGAAAUUUAAAAUUCAUGCUUGACAUAGGCAACAAGGUCUUUACUGGAAUUUUUACUGCAGAAAUGGUCUUGAAAAUCAUUGCUCUAGAUCCCUACUACUAUUUUCAGCAGCGCUGGAAUAUUUUUGACAGCUUAAUUGUCACUGUAAGUUUAAUUGACCUGAGUUUACCCACCAAAGGUAAAGGAAGAAAAGAACGAGGAAACCUGUUAGUUUUACGUUCCUUCAAACUGCUGAGGGUCUUCAAACUGGCAAAGUCCUGGACGACUUUGAAUACACUUAUUAAAAUAAUUGGUAACUCAGUGGGUGCCGUGGGUAACCUUACCCUGGUUCUGGCGAUCAUAGUCUUUAUUUUUGCUGUAGUAGGAAUGCAACUUUUUGGUAAAAGCUACAAAGAACAUGGCUAUAAAAUAAGUAAGGAUUGCAAGCCACGUUGGCAUACGAUGGAUUUUUUCCACUCAUUCCUUAUUAUAUUCCGAAUUCUGUGUGGAGAAUGGCUUGAAACCAUGUGGGAUUGUAUGGUGGUAGCUGAGCAACCAUUAUGCCUUAUUGUCUUCUUGCUGGCCAUGGUGAUAGGAAACCUAGUGGUUCUUAACCUGUUCAUUGCACUACUGCUGAACUCCUUUAGUGCUGACAACCUCCAAGCACCUGAAGAUGAUGCAGAGAUGAACAACCUUCAGAUUGCAUUUGCUCGGAUCCACAAAGGACUUCGCUUGCUGAAACACGCAACGUGGGAUUACUGUUUUGCAAAGCUCCGGUAUCCAAAGAAAGUCACCAAAAAGAAAAUUAAAUUGGCUGCUGAGAACACAUGUGUGGAGACUGGGAAAGAAGGGAAGAAGUGUAAAGAAAAUCACAGUAACAAUGUGACUGAGAAAAAUGGAGAAAAAUGCUCAGUUAGCAUUCUUGAAGAUUUUAUCACCAACCCCAACAUGUUUGUCUGCGUCCCUAUUGCUGAGGCAGAAUCUGAUAGUGAGGACUAUGAAGAUGAUGAUGAUGAUUCAAGUACAUUCUCAGAAAUGGAGAACAGUAAACAGCAGGAAAACCACCAGAGACAGAGGGGAGAACAAUGUAAAAGACCAGGAGCUUGGUGUAAAGGAUCUGCAAUUUUCUCUGAAGACUUAAAUGAGUUUAACAUAGGUAAACAAUGGAAGGCUGGGUCAUCAUCUCUACUACAAAAAGAGCAACUUGAUGACAUCAGCUGUUCUGAAGGCAGCACAGUGGAUCUGACAAAUCCUGAGGAGCUUCUGAAACAGAUCCCUGAGCUGGCUGAAUACUUAAAGAAACCUGAUAACUGUUUUCCAGAAGGCUGUGUUCGACAUUCCCCUUGCUGCUCAGUGAAUACCACAAAGUUUCCAGGAAAAACAUGUUGGAACCUGAGGAAAACAUGCUACAAAAUUGUUGAACACAACUCUUUCGAAAGUUUUAUCAUAUUCAUGAUUCUGCUAAGCAGUGGAAGCCUGGCAUUUGAAGAUGUACAUCUUGAGAAAAGAAAAAACAUUAAAAUUAUGUUGGAAUUUUUUGAUAAAAUCUUCACUUACAUCUUUGUCCUGGAGAUAUUUCUGAAAUGGGUGGCUUAUGGCUUCAAGAAAUACUUCACCAAUGCCUGGUGUUGGCUUGACUUCCUAAUUGUAGGUGUCUCUUUAGCAAGCCUUAUAGCUAAUUCACUUGGAUAUGCUGAAAUGGGACCCAUGAAAUCCCUUAAAACCCUGAGAGCAUUGAGACCAUUAAGGGCAUUGUCACAAUUUGAAGGGAUGAGGGUAAGAAUAAAUAAAGUAGUUGUGAAUGCCCUAGUAGGUGCCAUUCCUUCUAUCAUGAACGUUGUGCUUGUCUGCCUCAUUUUUUGGCUCGUUUUUAGUAUCAUGGGAGUGAAUCUAUUUGCAGGAAAAUUUGGAAAAUGCAUUAACUUGACUGAAGAAACAUCAGGAUUAAAUGAAAGUAUUAGGAACAAAUUGGAUUGCACAACCUAUAAUGACACACAAAAAAUAUAUUGGACAAAUGCUAAUGUCAACUUUGAUAAUGUUGGUUCUGGUUAUCUGGCUCUUCUUCAGGUGGCAACAUUUAAAGGUUGGACAGACAUUAUGUAUGCAGCAGUAGAUUCACGAGGGAAAGAAAAGCAGCCACGGAAGGAACAUAAUCUAUACAUGUACCUCUAUUUUGUGGUUUUCAUCAUCUUUGGAUCUUUCUUCACACUGAAUCUUUUUGUUGGUGUCAUUAUUGACAAUUUUAACCAACAAAAGAAAAAGAUAAGUAGACAAGACAUCUUUAUGACAAAAGAACAGAGAAAAUAUUAUAACGCAAUGAAAAAACUGGGAUCCAAGAAACCCCAAAAACCCAUUCCAAGGCCAUUGAACAAAUACCAAGGGGUUUUUUUUGACAUUGUAACAAGCCAAGCCUUUGAUGUUAUCAUCAUGAUUCUCAUCUGCCUUAACAUGAUCACUAUGAUGGUGGAAACUGAUGAUCAAAGUAUAAGGAAGACUGACGUUCUUAACAAAAUCAACAUGUUCUUUGUUGCCAUCUUUACUGUAGAAUGCAUCGUGAAAUUGUUGGCUCUGAGACACUACUACUUCACCAAUGGCUGGAACAUAUUUGAUUUAAGUGUGGUCAUUAUGUCUAUUGUUGGCACUCUGCUUUCUGACAUUGUUAAUGCAUUUGAAAAUUACUUCUCGCCUACACUCUUCAGAGUCAUUCGGUUGGCUCAGAUUGGACGAAUACUAAGACUUGUCCGAGCUGCCAAAGGAAUUAGAACUCUCCUUUUUGCCUUAAUGAUGUCCCUUCCUGCUCUGUUCAACAUUGGUCUUCUCCUUUUUCUGGUCACGUUUAUUUAUGCCAUUUUUGGCAUGGCUAACUUUGCUUAUGUUCAAUGGGAGAGUGGGAUUGAUGACAUGUUCAACUUCCAAACCUUUGCUAAUAGCAUUCUUUGUCUCUUCCAAAUGACAACAUCUGCUGGCUGGGAUGGUCUUCUCAGUCCUAUUUUAAACACUGGACCUCCGUUUUGUGAUCCAAACAUACAAGGUGCUGUGGGAGAAUGUGGUAAACCUGCUGUGGGUAUUAUUUUCUUUGUAAGUUACAUCAUUAUAUCAUUUCUCAUUGUUGUAAACAUGUAUAUAGCUGUUAUUUUAGAGAACUUCAAUGUUGCCACUGAGGAAAGUACAGAUCCUUUAGGUGAAGAUGACUUUGAUAUGUUUUAUAAAAUCUGGGAGAAGUUUGAUCCUGAAGCAACUCAAUUUAUUGAGUAUUCUGCACUUUCAAACUUCGCACAUGCUUUGGCAGAACCUUUACGUGUAGCCAAACCAAACAAAAUUGAGCUCCUAGCAAUGGACCUUCCCUUGGCCAGUGGAGAUAGGAUUCACUGUUUGGAUAUUUUGUUUGCUUUUACCAAACGGGUGCUAGGAGAAUCUGGGGAAAUGGACAAACUAAAAGAACAGACAGAGGAAAAGUUUAUGGCUGCUAAUCCAUCUAGGUUUUUUCAUGAACCAAUCACAACCACGCUCAGACACAAAGAAGAGGAGGUUUCUGCCAUUAUUAUCCAGAGGGCCUAUAGGAGUCAUUUGAUUCAACGGUCCAUGAAGCAGGCCUCUCUCUUAUAUCCUAGAACUUGUGAUGGUGACAUCCUUGAAGAUUCUUCACAGAAGGAAGGCCUCAUUGCAUUCAUGGUGAAUGAAAAUUAUGGUAGGAAUCUAGACAAGUCCGAGACUCUGUCUUCAAUCUCUUUCCCUCCAUCCUAUGACAGUGUCACCGUGGACACUAAUGACAACCUCCAGGUAAAGGCGGCGGAAUCUUCCAAAUGUGAUGUCCCUAUAGGUUGUCAGCUAUCUCCAGACAAAGAUAAAGAACCCAUUGUUUAAUAUUUUGUUAAUAAUGCUUUAAAAUAUUCACAGAAUAUAAUGAGGUAAAUAUGCA